AUUUUAUGUGAAGUAACGCCCGAAAGCCAUGCAACAGAGCCUCUAACAGUAGAUCUACGUCAAAACAAAGCAAAUCCCUCCUGCAGCUCUAAAUCAGAAAACCUUUUCUUGCCCGUAAAACAUCAUUCUAGUACAUAUUCCUCUUACAACGACAUCCCCAAUAACAAUCAGCUAGUACCUUUGCCACCUAAGAAAAAACAAAAUAUGAAUACCGUAAGGUUGGACAAAAUAUUAGAUGACCUUGAAAAAGAAAAAAAAGAAGAUUUUCCUAAAUGCAAAGUAAAGAAACUAAUAAAACAAUUUAGUGGAUCAGACAGUGAAUGUGACGUUGAGUUGUGGACGAACAAACGAUCUGAUUUUUCUAGAGAAGAUGUAGACUCGAAUAAAUUAAGCAGGCUGUUGGAUGAACUUGUCAAGGUUACAUGUGCACCAAUUUUAACUCCAGGAUUGACCUCCAGUCUUAUUAGUACGAAUUUGAUAGAUGAAGAGAUAAUAAAAUUAUUACCUACACGUCAGAGACGGCACUCCGAUUCAGACUACGAUGUUCCAAUACCUCAUAAGUCAUUUAUAAAUCAACCAAAAAAAGAAAAUUCUCCAGAAAAUAUAAUUGGUUCAACUAGAUUCUUUGGACCUAUUCUAAAUUCUACAGAUAAUAACAGGAACUAUGAUAUGAAUCUAAGUCAAAUUAAUGAGGUUUCAUCCAUCCGCAGGAAUCCAGUAAUUAAUCUACGGGAUCUUCCUGUGGACCAGCCCAUACCGAUUUGUGGGAUGCAAAUAGUUAUCACCCGGUUUGGGAAAACGGUUCUUGUUGACUUGGGCGAGAACGCAGUGUUUUUACCAAGGAGGUCUUUGCCGGCAAUCGAGGCAAAUUUGGAACACUUUGUGCCUAGGAAGUACGGAUUAGUGUUUAGGGGUCUAGUACAGUGCAAUCAGCCGCAUCCGGCUAUAAACUUUGAGGUUGUGGAGCUGCCACAACAUCAACAACCAGGACCUGCAUAG